UUUUAAGAGUAACGUGACGCACUGAACGCUCUAAUCACGUCGGUCUGGUUCUGCGCUUCAAAUGGUUAAUUGUAGUCCAUUUGGUUUAAAAAAAAUGAAGGGGCACAGAGACGUGACGUAGCCUAGUUCGUAGAAGUGUAUUCAUCACCAUUACUCCAGACCUGUUCACAAGAUUCUUUAACUUAAAGUAGGCAUAAUCAGGAAUAUGCUGUGGUGUUUUCUUCUGUUAUGGAUCUUACCGCGUUGUGCAGACUCCUUUUCUGUCACAGUACCAUCCGGUCCUGUCCUUGUGGUCCGGGGAGCAACGGCUUUUCUUUCCUGCGAAUUUGAGCCAGACUCUAACAUCUCCAAUCUGGUGAUCACCUGGCAGCGGGAAGAAGAUACACGAGUGGUCCACAGCUUCUACUACCAGAAGGAUCAGCUCGAACGACAAAGCUCAGAUUAUUUCAACCGUACAAAGUUAAACCACAAUGAACUUGCUAAAGGAAAUGCAUAUCUGAGUAUAGCGAAUUUUGGACUGAAGGAUGCAGGGAAGUACUUGUGCACAGUGAGCAACACCAAGGGAACUGGUAAAGGAGUGUUGGAGCUGGUCUACGCAGCCUUCUUUUCCGAGCCAAGAUUAAGCAUUCAUCUCAAAUCCUCUGAUGUGAUGGUCCAAUAUGAGACGGAGGGCUACCCGAGACCAGAGGUCAUGUGGCUGGGGCCGGAGGGUCAGAAUCUUUCUUACCUCCAGGAGUUCUCGUCUACAUCAGAUGGAGGGCUGUACUACUUAAAAAGCCGCUAUGUAACCCAGAAUCCAGCGUUCAAUAUCACGUUUACUCUAAAAAACCCUACUGCACAUCAGGAGCUACAGAGGCAUGUUAUACUCAGCUAUGUCUUUCUACAAAUAUCCUGCUUGCUCACUUUCCCUCCUCCCCCAUCAUGAUUGGACACGCCCCCUACUGCUGAUUGGCUACAGAUGGGAAUAUAAACUCCAGAACAUCGGUUGUGGCUCUGUCUAUAUUGUGUACUUUCCUCAUGUGUUCAACAGGCCUUUUGUUAUGGUUGUACUGCCGUGACAAGCAGAGAUGACUUCUGCUGAGCACUAACAACUACUACCAGAGUGGGCUUUUAUUCUUCUAUUUAAAGUCGUUAUGCUGCUCAACUAUACUUUAUGUAAACAAGAUUUGGUAGCGAAAUACAAGAAACCAUUAAAGUUGAAGUGUGUGAUUUUUGUUGCAAUUCCAAACCAUUUAUUUAGCUUACAGUCCCAAAUCCUUCACCUGCAAUUGUGAAGUACAAUCUAAAAAAGGACAAUUCCAGGCUUUUUAGCCUUUAUUAAAAGGACCAAGAAUAGUAUAAGAAAUGUUUACAAAAAAAUAUAUUUAGCUAAACUCACAGCUACUAAAGAUGGCCCUUAAAGUGAUUACAAUAUCUAGCAAUAACUGAACAGUAGCUCAACCCAUUUUAUGAGUUUCAGGCAGGACUAUCAAUCAUCAUCAUCAUUAGCUCUGGACUCACAGAAAUGACACACUUCAGCUUUAAAACUAACAGGUCAAUGAAGACAACACUGACUAUACUUAAUUUUGAGACAAAUCACUGAAAGUCUUUGUAGCUGCUGAUGUCAGAAGGUUUUACAGUAUCACUGGAGAGGUUUACUUUCACAGUAGCAUUAAAAUUAACAGAAUAUAAUGUACGGAAGAGGAUUAGGGCCAAGCAAUAA